CAAGCGCCUCCCCCUUGCCCCCCACCGUCUCGAGCCCUUCUAUCUUCCCUCCCCCACCUUCCCUUCCCCCAGUCUCCUCAAAUAACUCCUCUGAAAGACCGGCCGACAUGAAAGGCAAAAUAAAAUAAAAUAAAAGAAAGUAAAAUAAAUUCACAGUAUCUUUCCCAUUCCAUCUCUUUCAUUCCGGAAACCUCCCCUUCCUAGCGACUGUUGCUUUUAUCUUCUCGUUCGCUACGCAACCAAAUCCUAUCUUUUAGACUGCUUUCGUGAUUGGCCGGAAAUAAAGCUUGCCGUGGCCCCAUCAAAAUUAGCAGCCCCCCCAUAAGCGUUGUCUUCUCCCCCUCUCCUUCGCUGGCACGUUCUCGCCAGCUAUCAAUCCAAUCAUCCCAUCAUGCCGUCAGGUGCGAAGAAGAGGAAAGCUGCUCGGCGAAAGAAGGAGAUGGGCAUCCACCCACCCGAUUCCCCUACCAACCCUUCUCCUGGCAACGGCGAGAGCCACGACUCCAAGGGCGAUACCAGCGACGAAGGCGACGAGAGGAAGGGGGAAUCUCCAAGAUCGGAAUCCGUCGCCGUUGCCGCGAUGGAUAGCUCGGAGAACGGCAAGGAGAAGCCCGGUGAGGAGAUCGCCAAGGUGACGGAGAAUCCUACAAAGGAGGAAAAGGAAAAGGAAAAAGAAAAGGUGGUCGAGGAGGAGACGAUGGCGAUACCUGUUUCCAGGGAGGCCGAGGAUGUGAGUGUCGAGCUGGUCCAGUCCGAGAAGGAGGAGGCGGGCCUCGGCGGCGGCGGCUCCACUGAGGUUGCGGAAGAGAAGUCGGCGGCGGUGGCGUCGGUCGUUCCUGUUCAUGAACCCGUUUUUGUAACCGAGGAGGUAAUAGAAGCUACCGAAACUGCGGCAGUGACUUCGGAGGCUCUAGCGCAGGAGAGUGAAGCCAAGUCGGUGCCUAUUUUCGACACUCCGCUGGCUCCGGUUGUCGAACAGUCUCAGCCUCGCGAGAGUGGUGAACUCUGCCACGAGAGUGAGAGAUCUGAGGCUGCUCCAGCCCCAUUGGUGGAGCAUCGCGCAACAUGGUGGAACUGCUGUGGAUUGUUUGAUGUUUUUACAAGCUCCAGAGAUGCUUCCAGAAAUUGAAGCUGCAUCAAGAAAGAGCAAUUCAUGAAGAUCUCUACAUCAAAGCUGGGGAUCUUUUUUUAGGUGGGUUAUGAAAGUAGAUGACCAAGGUAAUUGGAGGUCAUCUGACGUGUGCUCUUAUUGUUCCUGGUUAUUAGGACGCCAACAUCAUUGGCUCAUUAACUAUUUCUGGUUUCUUGGUGUUGAUGUCUGUAUAAUUUUUGAUUGGUUUUCUUUUUUCCUUUUUGGUGAAUCGGGAAGCAUUUUGAUUGGUUUUCUGAUGUAUAGUCUUGUGCCAUGCCAAAGUAUGUCCAUGUCUUCAUUGCCAGAAAAACUAUCUGCUGCAAGGUGUGGAUUUUGAUUGAUUGCUCUUGUUGGCUUGAUAUGCUUGUGAAUGUGUACAAUAUCCAUAAAACAUAUUCUUUCAGCAUC